AUGCCUGAAGUCGAAGGUGGAGCGGUGCCGUCUCAGAGCAAGGGUUCAUGGUCGUCCUUUUUGAAGUCGAUUGCCUCUUUCAAUGGCGACCUGUCUUCGCUGACCGCCCCGGCUUUCAUCCUUUCUACACAGUCACUCGUCGAGUUCUCCGCCUACUGGGCUGAGAACCAAUCGCUGUUCGUAGCACCUGCCCUAGAGAAGCAUCCUGCAAGGCGCGCACUGCUGGUGCUUCAGUGGCUGCUGAACACUCUUAAGCAACAGUACAGUUCGCGGUCCGAGAAGCUCGGCUCAGAGAAGAAACCGCUGAAUCCAUUCCUGGGCGAACUGUUUCUGGGCAAAUGGGACGAUGACUUCGGCCAGACAACCCUGGUCUCGGAGCAAGUCAGCCAUCACCCUCCUGUCACGGCCUAUUGCAUCACCAAUGAGAAGCAUCGGAUCCGACUCCAGGGCUACAACGCGCAGAAGGCUAGUUUUAGUAGAACUAUCCACGUCAAGCAGAUCGGACAUGCCUUCCUGACUUUACAUCCUCCUGGCAGCGACCAGGCCGAAACCUACCUCAUCAGCCUCCCUGCCUUACAUAUCGAAAGUCUGAUCUAUGGCGCGCCUUUUGUCGAGCUGGGCAAAUUCAUCCAUAUCAUCUCCAGCACGGGCUACGUGGCCAAAAUUGAUUUUACUGGCAAGGGUUGGCUGUCCGGGACAAAGAAUAGCUUCACAGCGGCACUAUGGAAGGAAGGUGAGGGGUCGGAGAAGAACCCCUUGUAUACUGCGGCCGGCCAAUGGUCAGACUCAUUCACGAUCAAAGAGGGCGACGCGAAGCGAGGUAAGGAGGUUCUUACGUUCAAGCCUUCGGACAUCAAACUUUCCAGGCUCAAUGUCGCGCCCAUCGAAGAGCAAGAUGUGGUGGAAAGCCGGAGAGCCUGGUCAAAGGUAGCACAGAGCAUUGAGAAGGGCGACAUGGAUGCCGUCGCACAUUACAAAUCACGGAUAGAGAAUGCUCAACGGUCGUUGCGCAAGAAGGAGCAGGAAGAGAAGCGUGAAUGGGACAGAGUAUUCUUCUCACAAGCAGACCCGAACGACAGGCUCGAGCAGGUGUUCAACAGCCUGGUCAAGGUUGCAGGGAGUUUCGGCAUCAAUAGCUGGGAAGGUGUCGCUCCGGAUAAAACAGCUGGCAUCUGGAGGUACGAUGAACAAAAGGCUGCAAAGGCACGCAAGCCUUUCCAUCCCAAGGAAGGUUUGUUGGCUCUGGGUGAGAACACAGACGGUUCUUCAGCGCCGGUGAGCAGGGUUCCAACACACCAAGAAGCGGGACCAGCGACCUGA